GGAAGCACCGUGAACCAUGGCGCAUAUGCAGUCGAAUCAAGGUGACACCACUGAGACGAACGCCGGAGAAAAUCCGAAGAAAUGUCACCUGAUUGCUGUGUGUAUGUUCCUCUCCCCGGCAGGCCUCCCUCCCGGCAUGCUGCCGGGCAUGAUCCCAGGCUUCAGUCGACCCCCAGCGGCUCCCAUGGCGCCUCAGAGCCAGCCGCCCCCUCCUCCCAACCCUCCCCCUGCUGCACCAGCACCCGCACCGGCCUACUUCCCCACUCCCACGCCCAUCCGGCCCAUGCAGUAUCCCGCCGUCCCCCAGGCGUUCAACCCUGCCGUCAUGGCCACCGCUCCAUCGGCAUUCAGCCAGCCGAGGCCACCGCCGAACGCCCCAGUGGUGUCAUCUCAGGGGCAGGGGCGGUUCCCACAGCCGAGGCCGCCUAGCAAGGAGCAGCAGCUCGAGGAUCUCCAGAACACCCUGUGCGUGAGCAGAGAGGGAGGGGUGGGUGUAGGAGCGAUGAAGGAUUUUCACUGUCGAUUGGUGGUUUGGUGUGCAGGAAGGAUGCGCGAGGUUGGCUGCGUCAGGUGACCAAGGUGCGGUGCUGCAAGUUGCGGGGGCUGUGCUACGAGUGCAUGAAGGCCAAAUCCAUGCCUGUCGACGACCGGCAGUAAGCAGACACACAGGCAGACGGACAGACAGACAGGGAGGGAGGGAGAGAUCCAUAGAGGCACAGUCGUACGUGCAUUGUGUGUGUGUGUGGUCUGUGCGUGUGUGUGUGUAUGUGUGUCAGUUACGAGGCCAUUGUGUGGGCCGGGUCAGCGCAGCUGUGCUCUGGUAAGGAAGGGCGAGACCAAGGCUGCCUGACACAAACCCACUGCUCACCGGUGGCAUCAUCCAAUCCAUGUGUUUGCGUGUGAGCGUGUGUGUGCAGGGUGUUACAGCAAGAUGAAGAAGCAGCUGAAGCACCGCCCACUGUGUCAGUUCUGCAGGAGGUCGUUCAUCCCACUCUCGUGCUACCAAGCGGUCAGUAGCCGGCCGGGGUGGGUCGGUGGUUCGGUGGUCAUCUCAUCCCAUUCAAUUCACGUACGUGUGUGUUGCCCUUCCCUCCCUCCCUCCCUUCCUCCCUCCCUCCCCACAGGAGUCUGUUCGCGGCACGUAUCAGGCCACCUGCAACGAGUGCUUCGCUGCAUACCGGGAGAACGCGUCAGAAGUCUCCAAGUCAGUCACCAUACCACAGCAGAGCACAAUAUAGUCCCUGGAUGGACGGAUGGAUGGAUGGAUACCCACACACAUGAGAUGGCCGUUCGCUCCUGUGCCGUCCGUGGUCAGGUGUGCGUUUUGCGAGUUGGAGGCCGCCUUCGGCGAGAGGAUGUACUGUGCCGAGUGCGAUCGACAGAAGAGCCAGUGAGUGAGCCACACAGGGAGGGAGGGAGGGAGCAUCCAUUUAUCCACACCCACACAUGGCUGGACAUCCUGCGUCGUGUGUGCGUGUGUGCGUCAGGUAUGGCCCGCCUCGUGAGUGUCAGUGGUGUCGCAAGACCUGCGCCUUCGACAAGGGCGAGCCCAAACGAGCACAGGUACACCCCACCCACUCGCACACACCCACCCCCCACACACGCCCACAGAUAUGAUGGAUUCAAAAUGCUGCCUGCCUGCCUGCCUGCCUGGCUCUCUCUCUCCCUCUCUCUCUCUCUCUGUGUGUGUGUGUGUGUGUGUCCGAUCGGUCAGUUUGGCGGCCGUCUGUUGUGUUACCACUGUUCCCUGCAGUACAACAAAAUCGUCAAGGAGAUCGCAGCCACCGAACCUGACCGCAUCAAACGACACGAGGCCACCUUAAGCAGUGCACGCCCUCCCCCCCAUCCACACCUCACCCACACACACACACCCUGCCCUGCCCAUUGUGCUCACAGGAGCGUGAGAUAGCCCGUCUGGAGCAGCGGUACGAGGACCACAACCGCCGCAAGCGCGAGGCGCGUGAACGUGACGAGGCCGACCGCGCCCGUGCGCAGGAGCAGCGGCGGCAGAAGGAGGAGGAGGAGAGGCGCCGGGUGCUCAGCCAGACCAACAUCAGCCUCCCUGAGGAGCAGUAUCUCGACGCCAGGAACAGGGGCGUCUAUGAGGAGAUCAAUCCUGACAACAGGACCGAGGCCGAACAAGUCAUGGAACUGUGAGUGAGGCCGAUUGUUGCAAUGCACUGCAUUCUCUUGACAGAGAGGUGAAAGACAUAGAUCAUGGUGCGGCCCUUUGUGUGUGCAGGGGUGCUGUCCUGCGUGGCGAGGUGGCUGUGAUCGAGGCCCAGGUCGAUACCAUCGACAAGGCGUACCAACACAAGGUGGGGAAAUAAAAGACACAGGCCGCCAGCACACCACACUACUACACCAUGUCUGUCUGUCUGCUGGUGUGUGUGUGAUCGGUGCAGAAGAGUGAGGGCGAGAAGAUCCUCAAGGAGCAGGAGAAGAUCACCGAGGGACUGGUAAGUGAGUCGCACCCCCAAUCCACCCAUCCAUCCGUCCACUAUGUAUGUCUGUCUGUAUGGCUCUCUCUCCUCAUCCCUUCAGUCGAUGGCCGCCGACCGUGCCGAGCAGCGGGCCCGCGACGAGACGGCGGAUCGCAAGGCGCAGCUCAAAGAAGCCAAACAGGAGAAAGCGGUCAGCCAGCCAGCCAGCCAGCCAGCCAGCGAGCCACCUACAACAACACACAGAGACCCUUAUGGUCAUCCGCCAUCGGUCCCCUCUCUCCCUGUGUGUGUGUGUGUGUGUGCAGAAUAAGGAGAGUGAGUGGGAGGGCAUCACCAAGGACCUCCGGGCCGAGCAGCAGCAGGCCGACCGGGAGACCAAAUCACUCAACCAAAAGGCGCAAAAGUAAGUGACCGACGCCACAACCACAGACACCCACAGACCCCCCCUCCCCCCUCCCUCCUUUCACACACACACGCAAAUCUGUUCUGUCCGUGGCGCAUGCAGGUGUGCGAAGGACCGUGUCGCGCGCGAGUCGGAGCUGCCGGACCUGUUUGUCCGCGUGAAGCGUCUGUUCAUGAAGGAGCGCGAGAUCCACAAGCAGCUAGAGGCCGGGGAGACGCCCAUAUCUGAGGAGGGCGAGGAGGAGGAGGACGACGACGAGACCGCCGACGGCAUCACACUCAAACUCGCAGAGGAAUUCCUCCAGGAAUAUGCCGUGAGCGAGAUAAGGGAGCACGACACGGCACGAGCCUGGCCGUCACGCUGUGUGUGUGUGUGUGUGUGUCAGGAUGAGAUCUCCAAGCUGUUUGAGCGCGAGCAGGAGGAGCAGAAGGCGGCUCUCGUGCAGAUCAAGCCCCUCGGCCCCUCCCCCUCCCCCUCCCACCCCCCAUCAGCCAAACACCGCCAGAGAGGCCCCCGCGUCAUCACCACCACCACCACAGCACAGCAGCCGAGCGGCAGCGAAGUCCAGCCACCACCACAGAAGGGCAGGAAGCGCGCCGCACCACCACCACCGGCACCCCCAGGACCACACAAGCCACCCCCCGAAGACGAGCCUUCCCACCCAUCCAAGAAGCAUCGAUCGCAGGACAGCCGCGAGGAGGCGCAGGAGGAGGAGGACGGUGGCGGCAAGAUGGAUGUGGACGAAGAGGCAGAGGAGGCAGAGGAGGAGGGCGAGGACGCGGAUGCGGCUAAUAGUGGUGAGGAGAAGGUGUCCAAGAAGGAGCGCAAGAAGCGUCGCAAGGAGGAGAAGAAGGCCCGCAAGAAGGCCAAGAAGGAGGAGAAGAAACGACGCAAGACCAAGAAGCGGUCGUCCCGGGGCAAGAAGGCAUCCGACGAGGCAGACGAGGACGAGCAGGGCGACGAGAGCAAGGCUGCUGAGGAGGGGGAGGGGGAGGGCGCGAGCAGUGCCGCUGCCGGCGGUAGCGGUGCUGGGGACGGCGAUGGAGGAGGCAGGAGCAAGGGCAGCAACGAGGGGCCGGGUGAGGAGAGUGAGGACAGCGACGCGCCGCUGAAACCCAUCAAGAAGAAGGUCAGCAAUACAUAAAGAUGAUCACACACACGCGGCACCCCUGUGUGUGAUUGGUAUGUGGGGUGUGUGCAGGGCCGUCUCAAGAAGCGCCCAGAGGAGGCCGCCUGACUGGAGGACAGGACUACUGAUAUACUCUAGUGGCUGUGUAACCUCACACACACCGUACGUGGCCUCAUGUGUGGGUGGGUCGGUGGGUGUGGGACGGUCAUGCGAUUGAUUGCGAUGGACGAUGAGUGGAUGGUGUUUGAAUGAAUGGGCUGUUUGAUGCGAUGAAUGCUCAAGAUGUGG